CAUGUUAUCUGCAUUGAUUUGAUAAAUCACUUUUUUAAUUCAUUAAAAGAUCAUGAAAUUGUUAUUUGCAUUUUGUCUGUAAUCAUACAAUUAAAAAAAUAUAUACAUACAUGUCUUACUGGAAUUAUUUGUCUAAGUUUUCAUAAGUAUUAUUACACUAUUAUAUCAAAAUAGUAAAGCAAAAGCACUAUACACUGAUGAGAAAUGGAUAAAAAUUUGAUUUUUAUUUGUUCAGAAUGGCAGCAGCAAUUUUUCAAAGAGCAACUGUUGAAGAGCUUCAACUUUCUAAAAGAUCUUUCUUGCAAGAAAAAGCCAGAAACUUCAUUUGUAAAUAUAUGGUCAAUUGUUGUUGGUGAGAAACAGUCAGAUGAACAGGAAGGCUUGGCACCCAACAACAGCCAUGUGAGGCUCAUCAAACACUCUCUUGAUGAAGAAUCUCCACUGGCAGAAUUCUCUUCAAUGGAUCCACAUUCCAGUUCUGAUUCUCAAGAAAGUGAUGAUGAAUUCAGAUCACCAGACUUCCUGGCCCUGGCAGAGCGCUUGCAUGAGGCAGCAGACAGCUUUGGUGAUGUAGGAAGCUAUCUUGUGCAAGUCGUAUGGUGUGUCAAGUCAUAUAUCCCUGAUCCAGGGGAAGUGUGUGAGGUGUUUGCAGCGCUACACAGACUGCAGUUAUGGCACAAUGCUUGCAUCGCAUUUGUCACUCCUGACCCUGCUAAUGUGCUGGGAUGGCCGUCUGCUCUGCCUCUCCUUAUCUCCAAUGAUGCAAGCCAAAUUAUUGAGGAGUUUAUUGAUUGCAUGUGGAGAGGCAACAUAUUCUACACAGCGCAAUCAAAUGACAGUGAGGAAGACGAGCAGGUCUGCAUACCCCAAGUUACCAUUAACUGUGUUGCUGGUCAAGCCGCUCUCGUGGCCGAGAGAAUCAAGAAUGGUAAAGUGCACGUGAUGCAAGAGUGCAGCGUUGUGUCGCUGGUGCAGCUGAGCAGCAUCCCAUCUUUGUUCAUACGUCCAGGAGCGUUGUAUUCCAUCACUCCUGUACGCGAUCAGCUGCAGCCUGCGUCUGCGGCCCUCAAGCUCACCUCGCAAGCUUUGCAGCAACUCACGUCGCACGAAGAGGUUGGCAGCUUGCUUCGUCUCAGAUACUCGCACGCGGCACCAAAGUUAAAAGGAGAUUUAGAGGCCCUGACAACAGAGCGCUGGAAGAAGCAGCUUGCCGACGGGGUCUUCGACGCGGUUCCUGAGAUGGCCUUCGAGAGCAAGAUUCAGGAACACCUGCUACACUUCCUCACCCUCAGUUCAGGGCAGCAUGAGAACUCGGUGAGCGCUGUGUGCAUGCGGCCCCCCGGCAGCCUGGGCGAGGACGUGUGGAGGCUUGCGUGCCUAGAUGACGCGGCUCCCCAACACUCCGAGGGAGAUGAAAGUAUUCGUGAUCUUUUGAAAGCGACGCCGUUCUUCUCGAGUCAGCAAAUGCACGUCCUGGCGCACUUGCAGCUUCACUUGCCGGCUCAGGUCAGCAAGAAAUUACAGAACAAAGGCAACAACCUGGCUAAUUUGUGGGACCAAACUAAAGAUGAGCUGGAAACUUUGGCCAGUCGGGAAGUUCUCUCUGUGAUUCGAACCUGCGCGGACACAUCGUUCGACGAUGACCUGCCCCUGCAAGACCUAAACGCAGACUGGCGGUUUACAAACGAACUCUUGUUACCUAAGCAAUCAUGGCCGGAGUACCGCGCUCUGGUGGCGGCUGAGAGGCAAGAGGAACAGGAGCAGAAGCAUCUAAGCCAAGCUAGUCGUCUCUUGGGAGGUCUUCCUGCUCCGACAUGCUCCUUGAACCCCAAGUCAACCGUAGCUCUUGAUGCUCAUCAACUCACAAAAAUAUUCAGAAGAGACCCGUUGUUAAGAAAGAUUUACUACGAUAAACUUGCUCGGCAUCGUUCGAAGAGCGAUGAAGAGGAAAACGUUGCUGUUAAACUCACGAAGCUUUCUUCACUUACUGAUCAAUAUCCAUUCAAAGCAAACACCAGCCCCAGCAGUGCGAAGACUGCUCAGUGGCCCGACGCUCUAUAUCUUCACUACCACGGCAUUCACUACAAUAAAGAUCACAAAAGGGAGGAGUGA